AUCGACGUCAUUAAGUUACGACCUUUUACCUACUUAUUACUUCCUGGUUAUAUAUCUGCACUUCCCUACCAAUUCACAACUACCAAUCCUAUACAAACAAUAAAAUGUCCUUCCUCGCACCUACCGUCCGCGCAUCUCUCCGCGCCCUCCGCCCCCAGCAAGGCUACGCCGUCCUCUCCUCCCCGCUGCACACAACCGCUGCUCGACCGGGCUUGAAAGAAUCAGAUCACAACCGCGACAACCUCGACAUCCACUACGAAGAAGAGAAAGAGGAAGGCCUCCAGCGCAAGAGAGAAGGAAAGGGGAAGUGGAAGGGUGAGCUGGCUAGUAACAGUGAGGCGUCGAUCAAAGCAGACCGGGGCGAUCUCGACUCAGAAGACAUCACGACGUUGCAGGAGAAGACGAAGAAGGAGCUGCAUAGUACUAAGGAGCAGAAGUAAAAGUGAUUGUUAAUGUUUCAUUAAUUCUUUUGCUCUCUUUUCUGUCUUUUUGGGUUUGCUCAUUUUUUGUAAAAUCGGGUUGUAUAUGAUGGUGCUCUUUUUAUUGGCUAUUGGGUCUGUUCUUAUUGAUGAUGCCCUGUAUUCUACUUUGAAAUUUUACUUCGAUAUAAAUGA